GAGCAGGGAUUGUGCUGGCCCCCGGUGGGGUCUGCUCCCUGCACCCCCAACUGGGUUUUUCUCCACCAACACCCUGGAUUUUAUCCGGCUGCGAAGCCAUGGAGGUGCCCAGGGCUGAGGCUGGCAUUUUCCUGGCUGCCACCCCCUGGAUCGCUCUGGUUGUCACUUGGGGUCGAGCUGGGUGACAAGGACAAAGCCAGCCCCGUGUGUCCGGCGGGGAAGGAGGGAAUUCCCUGCCCUGGGAGCCCGGCUCGUCUCCGGAGGAGGCUUGAUGCAGGAGAACCUGCUGAAUGAAGCCGAGAGGAGCCAGCGGGUGAGGAACCCCCCGGGCUCUGCAUGGAUUGGAAUGGGGAAACCCGCCUGCAGUAAGAGCCCAGGGCAGCUGGAAAACCCUGGCUUCUUCCUCCGAGCCCUCCUCUUCCUCCUCUUCUGCAGGCAUGUUUCUUCCCAGUGCAAGAUCCUGCGCUGCAACUCGGAGUACGUGGCGGCCACCCUCAACCUGCGGGGCUCGGGCCGGAGCGCGGCGUUCUGCAACGCCCUCCGCUCCUACUCCCACUGCACCCGCAAAACGGCCCGCACCUGCCGGGGUGACCUGGCCUACCACUCCGCCGUCCACGGCAUCGAGGACCUCAUGAUCCAAAACAACUGCUCCAAAGAAGGUCCCACCUCCCCACCCCGGCCCCGGCCUCCAGCCCCCAACCACCAAGGCCUGGAGUCCCUCGAUAUCUGCAACUACGAGAAGAGUUUUCUCUACAAGCAUGGCCAACCCCCCCGUUACCAGCACUGCGCCGCUUUCGGGGACCCCCACAUCCGUACCUUCCACGAUGACUUCCACACGUGCCGGGUGGAGGGUUCUUGGCCCCUCUUGGACAAUGACUACUUGUUUGUGCAAGCGACCAGCUCGCCGGUGGCCAAAGGGUCCAACGCUACGGUCACCAGCAAGCUCACCAUCAUCUUCAAGAACAUGAAGGAAUGCAUCGACCAGAAGGUCUACCAGGCCGAGAUAGACAACCUGCCGGCGGCCUUCGAGGACGGCUCGGUCAACGGCGGGGAGAGACCGGGUGGCAGCAGCUUGGCCAUCCGGGAGCGUAGCCCCGGCCGACACGUGGAGAUCCGCGCCGACUACAUCGGCACCACCAUCGCCGUCCGUCAGGCCGGUCGCCAACUCUCCUUCUCCAUCCGAGCGGCCGAGCAGGUGGCCCGCGCCUUCACGGAGGAGCAGGACCUGCAGCUCUGCGUGGGUGGUUGCCCCCGUAGCCAACGUAUCUCCCGCAGCGACUGUUGCCGCGGCCGAGGGGCCGCCGAGGUGGCCCGGGCCCUCUGCAAGGAGAUGUUGCCCGUGGAGGACGUCUACUUCCAGUCGUGCGUCUUCGACGUGGUGACCUCGGGGGACGCCAACUUCACCAUGGCGGCUCACGGGGCCUUGGAGGACGCCAGGGUCUUCCUUCCCAACGCGGAGAAACUGCACAUCUUCCAGGCUGGGGGAGGAUGCCCACGUGCCUCUUCUUCCUUCCUCCUCCUCCUCCUCCUCACCACUGGUCUUUGGGUUGGUUUCUUGCACUUUUAGCUCCCUCUGGUGUUGCGUAGAGCACGGAGGGGUGGAGGGCAUGGCCAACCAGUCCAGAGGGGGAACCCAAGAGAGAUGCUGACUCCAGGUCCAUCCCGAGCAGAUCAAGAGGGACGUCUCGGCUGGGAUCACACAUCUUUUUGUCAGUAGGUUUUGUCAGUUGGGUUGACGGUUGGACAAGAUGAUCUUGAAGGUCCCUUCCAACCUAGAAGAUUCUGGGAUUCUGUGAUCUCUGCGGCGACGAAGAAUCAGAGCCUCAGACCUGGAGAGAGGGGAGAGAAAAAGACCUCGAGACACGGGUUUGCACCCCCUGUUCCUCCACGUGGGGCACCUGGUUCCUCGCCCGAAAGCAGAUGGCAAUUUUUUUCUGUUGGAUUUUUGAUGCGUUUCCUUUCUUUUCUAAAGAUGAGGAGGUCGCGGCCGAAUCGAAGAGAAGAACUACAUGGUGUGAAGACACUUUAGAAAACCCCUCUGCCCCCCAAAAACCCUUCCACAAACUCCCUUCACACCUUUCUCCUGCUGUUACUACAGCCAACUUUUACUCAGGAACCGCACAGCGUCAGAAACGAGGGGCUCCAAGCCCAGAUCCCAAUUUUCAGCCACCAAAAAAAAAAAACCCACGUCAUUGGGUGGAUUUGGGUCCCCUCCACCAGCUCCCACCAACACGGGAGGCGAUGAGUUGGUUUUUGGGGUGGUGUGGCCAAGGCUUGAUAUUUUUUGGGGUCGGAAAUCACCAUAUUCUCCUCUCUCGGGAGCAUUAAUGUGCUGAUUUCCAGCCUCAGGUGUUGGGUCUCGGAUAUUUCAGGUUAUUUUUCCUUCUUGCCCUGUCCCCUGCCUAGGACUCUACAUAUUUAAUUGCGUUGGGUUUCGGGGAGGACAAAGACCCCCCCAGAUAUUCCUCUCCCCUUGAGCCCAGCCACCGUCACAACCCCCCUCGGAUCCACCCCGAAGUUGUGGGUUUUCCUUGAAUAAAGAGAAUUAAUAUUGAAGCCACGAUGGUAUCGAUGGGCAGGAGAACUCCCAGCAGAUGUACAGAAACACCGAGGUGAGGCCAAAUUAGAUGUUUAAUAUAUUUUAAGAGGUUUUAAGUAAAGCAGAUAGAGUCUAUGAUAAGAAAUAUUUUCCAUAGGCAAAGACUUUUUUUUUUUUUUUUUUUAAAAUAAAGAGGGUUGACAUUAAAACCUUCGCCAUUCCUGCCCCGGGGAGGUGUAAGAAGAGCCUUGCAAAGCCUCGGGGAGGCAGGGAUGGAGCUGGCAGCCCCGAGGCAGGAUUUUUGGGCUUGAGAAAUUUGGAUUCCUCCAAUUAAUUCCUCCAAUUUGGGGAAAGAGACUUGCAGAGCGUCCAGGCACGGAGGAUCCCUCGGGAUGAGAAGGGAGGUUUUAUAGUUCACAUCUCAGUGUAUCUGCAGUGUCUUGGGUCAGGUUUAUUCCCCCCCUGGCUCUUUUGCCGAGGGCACAAAGAGUAAAUAUGGAAAAUUCUUGGAUAUCUCAGCAUUUUUUCCUCCUCCGACGGGCACUCAGGGCAGACGGUGACUGGCAGGAGAGUUUCUCUGUCUUUCUCGUACAGUGCUCUCGCUAAUCCCUGAACGUUUUGACAUUAAAGGUGUCUAUUUUUGAAGUUCCUCA